AUUCCAGGACCGGUCGGGAAUGGAGGAUGUUGGCUUUGAAAUUUGAGCAAAGGAGAAGCCAAGGGCAGCGCCGGCCACGUGUGAUGCACCGCCGCCGGUUCGGGACAGGCCGCGUGGCCGCCACGGUGUGCUGUAUCCCGACAGUCGAUCUUGCUCUGCGUACACCACCAUACCCUCACCUCUCCGUCUCGACCCCCGCUGCUCUCACCCCCACCCCCACACAUCGUCCGCUCGUUUCUUGCUCUGGGAAAUGGUCGUAGACUCGAACUCGAGACGAAGGAGUGUCGACGUCGGAGGGCUGGCUUUGGCAGUAGGGAACCAGGGCUGUUCCGGUCGGGGCUGGGUAGGAUAUGAUCCAACUACAGAAGCUGAUGGCGAGCCAGACGAGACUGGAACACGCUUCGCAGAGCUCCUCGACGGGCUGUAUACACACGCCAAUAACGCUGCGAGCGUCGAGUUUCUGUCUGAUAUCGAUAUGUCGGAUGAGACGCGGACCAAACUCGUUGAACUUCUCAAUACCCCUGCCUUCGAGCCCCACAAACUCCUACCGGAAGAAGUCUUGAUGUGCUCACUCAUGCUAUUUGAAACACUCUUUCAAGUGGACGGCCUCCAGGAGGCAGCCGGUGUAUCAUUAGAACAAAUUUUCGCAUUUCUUGCACGUCUUCGCUCUGUCUAUCGCCAGCAAAAUUCUUAUCACAACUUUGAACACGCCCUGGACGUUCUGCAAGCAACAUAUCAUUUUCUUUCGGCUGCCGGUCGCAUCCCUCCUGUUACGAUACUUCACGAACGAGAUCACCCGCCAUGGAGACCAGACAAACAAAAGUUGCAGGGCACCAUGUUAGAUUGUUUGCAUGACGAGGACUUACUCUGCCUAUUCAUCGCUGCUAUUGGUCACGACGUCGGUCAUCCCGGAUUCACGAACAAUUUUAUGAAAAAUGCCAAAACGCCUCUAUCGUGUCUGUAUGACGACCGAUCUGCCCUCGAACAAAUGCACUGUACUCUCCUUCUACAUAUCAUGCACCGACCAAAUCGGCGCGACGCCAUCGACCUUGGACACCUUCUGCAUGACCAAUGCAACGAUGCGGGUCAGCGGUUCAGGAAACUCCUGCUCGCAAUCGUACUCGCAACAGACAUGCGGAUACACAGUGACUUCAUGACUCGGUUCGAGCGGUUACUGAGCGAAAACGAGCCUGAGGACGAAUGGGCCAGGAGGAUUCUACUCUGCCAGGCGCUCAUCAAGUGCGCCGACAUCUCCAAUCCAUGCCGGCCCCUCAACAUUUCACAGUAUUGGGCUGCUGCUCUGAACGAGGAAUGGACAUCACAAGCAGCCCUGGAACAACAUCUUGCGCUCGAGCCCACGGUUCACGCAUCAGCGGACGCAGAAUCUGAAGCUGCAGGCCAAGUCUUCUUCAUUAAUGUCUUUGCCAGACCCCUAUUUGACUUGGUCUCUCGCGCGGUUCCCGAGAUCACUUCUUACGCCGAACAGUGCAAGACCAAUUUUGAGUUCUGGACAUCUCGACAGGCCCAUUACAAACAGCUGAAAGUGGCACGUGCCCACGAAUCACAGACGGCAGAGCCCUCGUCGUCGUCCGCAGACAGUCAGGAUGAUGCCUCCAGUGAUCGUCCUCUAUCACCCUCCCAAGCCAUAGGGGAUUAUCAAUCCGUCUUCCCUAUGACCCUCCCUCCUGGCCUGACCAUCCCAGCCGACACCGUCUCUAUGUUCCCUUCAUCCUGCGCAUUCUCCGAAGUAUCUGCCUAUUAUUCCGCCUGCAGUUCGCUGGCUCCUUCGGUCGGCUCUCGCCCCGCUUCGCCCACGCUCUCGAUAAAUGGAGGCAACCAGACUGCCUGUGCGUCUCCAUCCACAUCCACAAACUCAAGCGACUCUACUUCUAGGUCAGGAUAUGCUUCCAGCUCAGGUGGCGCUCCUUCGCCUUUGCUCUUGGCGAAAACAGUGCCCAGCGCUUCGAGGUCUCCGCUACGAUCGGUCGAACCCCUACCCCCGCUUUCGACGACUUCGACGUCCACGGGAACAACGCCGCCCAGCCCUUAUUCUCCGAGCUCGAGUCCCACAGACGCGGUCUCGGUAUCGAAUAUGUCGUUAGGCCGGAACUCGGUCGUCAGCGUCCUGGGAAAUGCCAUGUUAGGGAGUGGGUUGAACAUGGGUAUGGAUGGGAUGAUGGGAAUGGGUGGAGCGAGCGUGGGAGGGUCGAGCAUCGCGGGGAUGAGCGUGAUGGGGAGUAUGCGUACCGGGAUGAGUGGGGCCACUGGGAUCAAUGGCAGUUCGGGCGCGGGGACGGAGGCGAUCAGGGCGGCAUAUAAGGCGAGUGUGAAGAAAAAGACGAGUUUCCACAGGAAUUCUUGGAACCCGCCGUCUUCGUCCAGGGCUCCGCAUAAUAUGUCUAUCCCUAUACCUGGGAAUGUGAAUAUGCCGGUGGGGAUGAUGGUGAGGGUGAUGAGUGAGGGGGUCGUAGUCGGGAGCUCUGGUGGCAAGGGCGGGGAGGUGGCUUCUUGAGUUCAUGGCAUGGGUCGAUGAGGGUCGUUUUCCUUGGCCUCGUUGUUCUCUACCUUUCGUCUUCAACCGAACUUCAUGUUCUGUUUCCAUCCUUUAAUUAUUAUUUUGCCGUGCGUCAUCCCGCCUAUCUUAUGACUAACGCCGCUCACUGUUCAUUCGAUCUUCCUUUUUCUUGGCUUGUAGUUGUGUUCCUUCUGUGUUAUAUUCUCUGUGUCAUCUGUCGUAAGGCUUUGGCGCUUCUGCUCCACCUCACCUCGACUAUCGUCUGUCUUCAUCUCGCCUGUUUUGUGUCUAUAUCUGUCCACAAUUAGGAUUAGUAGGAUGCGUCCUCUUCCAUUCUACAGUCUCACUUUUUUUUUUCUUCGUCUGUUUCAGUCUUCUGUGUCUCUAUCAGUUUCAUUUUUUUCUUUGUUCGUGGACUUUCUCAGCUUAUGGUCGGAGGAGCACCUUGGAGGUCUUCUUUCUGCUUCGGCUGAUUGCCUUGUCCUUCUGGAUUCAUUGGUCGGUUCGCUUCGUUGGUUUGUGGGUCCGUACGAACGUUGUUCUGAAUCUGGGGUGCGGACUUGGGUUUUUUUCCUUCUGUGGAGCCUCUUAGUGAGGCUGUGUAGUGUCACUCUGGCGUGCGUGUAUACACUCUGUAUUCUGAUCCGUCCCAUCCAUUCAUCUAUCCAAUAGCUCACUAUAUCUACCUCUCUGAAUCCGUUCCUGGUCUCCCUCUCUCUAGCAUCAUGUCUUUGCCUCCCUCGCUCUCGUUCGUACGCGUGUCUUGUUAUUCCUCCAACUCUGUUUUUCUUCUGAUCCGG